UCAUUAGGAUGACAGUUCUGGCAGUCUUGCGUCAAUAUCUGCUCUCAGUCUGUUAAGCACAGGGGAAUAUGAAGCGCGGACAGGAAGAAUGUGUAAACCUCCACCCUCAUCAACAAGGCGUAAAAAUAUAGAAUUUGAACCACUUUCGACUACUGCUCUAAUUCUGGAGGAUCGACCAGCAAAUCUUCCUGCCAAAUCUGUGGAGGAGGCUUUACGCCACAGACAAGAAUAUGAUGAAAUGGUGGCAGAGGCAAAAAAACGAGAAAUUAAAGAAGCACAUAAAAGGAAAAAAAUAAUGAGAGAGCGUUUCAAGCAAGAAGAGAAUAUUGCUAGUGCUAUGGUGAUUUGGGUUAAUGAAAUACUACCUAACUGGGAAGGCAUGCGUGCUACCCGAAGAGUUCGAGAACUGUGGUGGCAGGGGUUACCUCCAAGUGUACGUGGGAAGGUUUGGAGUCUUGCGGUUGGGAAUGAAUUGAAUAUCACUCCUGAACUCUAUGAAAUCUUCUUAUCUAGGGCUAAGGAACGAUGGAAAAGCUUCAGUGAGACAAGUUCAGAGAAUGACGCAGAAGAUGCAGGUGCAUCUGUUGCUGAUCGUGAGGCCAGCCUGGAGCUAAUUAAGCUGGACAUAUCACGCACAUUUCCAUCCCUGUAUAUUUUCCAGAAGGGUGGUCCCUAUCAUGACCUCCUGCAUAGUGUUUUAGGAGCAUAUACAUGUUACAGACCGGAUGUGGGAUAUGUACAAGGGAUGUCCUUCAUUGCUGCUGUGCUCAUUCUCAAUCUGGAAGAGGCAGAUGCUUUCAUUGCCUUUGCUAACCUUCUAAACAAGCCAUGCCAGCUGGCCUUUUUCCGAGUGGAUCACAGCAUGAUGCUGAAAUACUUUGCAGCCUUUGAAGUAUUCUUUGAAGAAAACCUUCCUAAAUUGUUUCUUCACUUCAAAUCAUACAGUCUUACUCCAGACAUAUAUUUGAUAGACUGGAUUUUUACACUCUAUAGCAAGUCACUACCACUUGAUCUGGCCUGUCGCGUCUGGGAUGUUUUCUGUAGAGAUGGGGAAGAAUUUUUAUUUAGGACAGGAUUAGGAAUCCUUCGAUUGUAUGAAGAUAUUCUUCUACAGAUGGACUUCAUUCAUAUAGCACAGUUUUUAACAAAACUUCCAGAAGACAUUACAUCAGAAAAGCUUUUUACCUGUAUUGCAGCUAUUCAGAUGCAGAAUAGUAACAAGAAAUGGGCACAGGUGUUUGCCUCACUAAUGAAGGACAACAAGGAAGGGGACAAGAACCAUAGCCCAGCACUGAAAAGCUAAUCAUCGUAAUGUCUACACAUUAGGUCAAUUUGAAAACACGGGGAACCGCUUGAUGAAAAAGGAGUUUGUAUUACUUCUAUAUGGAAAGC